GUCACGCGGGCGGGGCGGGGCCCACGCGGGACGCAUGGAGCCGCCGGGGCCGCGCGUGGGCUUCGUGGGCGCCGGGCGCAUGGCGCUGGGGGUGGCCCGCGGGGCCGUGCUGGCAGGGAAGGUGCCGGCUGCCCAGGUGUGGGCCAGCGCCCCCAGCACCCGCAACCUGCGCGCCUUCGAGGAGCUGGGCUGCCGGACCACGCACAGCAACGGGGAGGUGGUGCAGAGCUGCAUCCUGGUCUUCCUGGCCACCAAGCCCCACGUGCUGCCCGGCGUGCUGCAGGAGAUCGCCCCCCUCGUCACCCCCAACCACGUCCUCGUGUCGCUGGUGGCGGGGGUCACGCUGCAGACCCUGGAGCAGAUGCUGCCGCCCGGGACCAAGGUGCUGCGGUUCAUGCCCAACCUGCCGUGCGUGGUGCAGGCGGGGGCGGUGGUGUUCGCCCGGGGGCGCUGCGCGGGGGAGCGUGAAGCCGCCGUGCUGCAGGGCCUGCUGGCGGCCUGCGGGCUGUGCGAGGAGGUGCCCGAGUCCUACAUCGACAUCCACACCGGGCUCAGCGGCAGCGGCGUGGCCUACGUCUACAUGUUUGCUGAAGCCCUGGCGGAGGGAGCAGUGAAGAUGGGCAUGUCCGGGCCCCUGGCCAGCCGGAUCGCUGCCCAGACCCUGCUGGGAGCAGCCAAGAUGAUGCUGGAGACAGGGGAGCACCCGGCCAAGCUGCGGGCGGAUGUGUGCACACCCGGCGGCACCACCAUCCACGCCCUGCACGAGCUGGAGAAGGGCGGGCUGCGGGCUGCUGUCAUGAACGCCGUGGAGGCUGGCACCAUUCGGGCCCGCGAGCUGGGCAAGAACUAGGGCCUGCAGCGCAGCACCAUGGAGGCUGCCCGGAGCAUGCCAGGCCGGGGCAGGUGUCGCCCUCCUAGCCCUGCUCCUUCGUGGACGUGACUUUCACUGCCCAGGGAGGCGGCUUUCCACGGGAGGGUUGGGACCUGGGCCUGCUCUGUGCCUGCUGGUUGUGCUCUCAGUGGGCCACGGCUCCAAUAAAUGGUGCAGGCAGCUGCUGUGCUGUU